GAGCCGCCGCCGGUUCCCGAGCGAGGCCGCAGCGGGGGCAGGGCCCGGGGAGGAGCGGGGCGGCGGCGCCCCCCCCGGCUGCGGGGAGCCCCUCGGGUAGGGGGCGCCGAGGUCCGGGGGCUUUGCGCCGAGCUGCGGGCAGGGCCGAGGCCUCGGGGCGGUCGGUGCGGGCGCAGGGCUCCUGUUGGUGCUGGCGGCUGAAAUAAACGUAGGGCGGCGCGGCCGGGCGCUGAGCAGGGAGCUGAGCAACCCCUCUGCACCCAGGGGCCCUGCUGGGGAUACGCCAGUGCUGAGGAGCCGGGGGAGCGAGGCCAGGCGCGGAGCUGGGACCGCGAGUGAAGGAGAAGGGAUGGGCUGAGUUCUGCAAGAGCAGCCCGCCCCGCGAUCCCUUCUCUUGGCUUGUUUUUUUUUUUUUUUUGGUAACGUAACCUGGUUCAGUUUCUGGAGGAGUUGUUAGCAAACAAACGGAGGUUUAAGGUGCUGUGAGCAGGCCGCCCCUCGGCCGGUGCGGGCGGCGUGAGGAGCUGCUGGUGAGAAGGGAGCGGGGCUCGCUCUGCACGGAACGGGGUCUGUGAACGGAGCGGCCUGGGGAGCGCGAGGCUGGGCCUGGACUUUCCUCCUCCCCCGUGUCCAUAAGUUAUUUCAGGGUGAAGUAGGAAAAAGAAGGUUUGGGCGUCAGAGUUGUUGGAAGGAAACGCCAACAAAAGGACUCUUGGGUGGCUUCUGGCAAGUCUACCAGCUCGAGUAGCGAACUCCGAGACCUGACGCUGGAAGUUUGGCUCCCCUGGCACAAGAGCCGUCCGCGAAACUCUCUGUGGGAGCCUAGGUGGUGGUGUCGGGUGGUUUAUUUAAAAAGCCAAGGAGAAAAGGGGAUAGAAGACUUCGUAACAGUUCUUGCUCGGCUGCUGUGCUCAAAUCGCCGCGCCAGAGCGGAUACAAGCGAGACCCGCAGAGCUCCUCGUGCAGGGCCGAGCGCUGGGCGCGGCGUGCCGGCGAAGAUGGCAGCCUUCAAGCGCAGCCGCGCGCAGGCCUGGCCGGAGGAGCGGGGCGACCGGGAGCACGGGCUCUACAGCCUGCACCGCAUGUUCGACAUCGUGGGCACCCACCUGACCCACCGCGACGUGCGCGUGCUCUCCUUCCUCUUCGUGGACGUCAUCGACGACUACGAGAGGGGGAUGAUCCGCAGCGGCCGGGACUUCUUGCUGGCGCUGGAGCGGCAGGGCCGCUGCGACGAGACCAACUUCCGGCAGGUGCUGCAGCUGCUGCGCAUCAUCACGCGCCACGACCUGCUGCCCUACGUCACCCUCAAGCGGCGACGGGCCGUGUGUCCGGACCUGGUGGACAAGUACCUGGAGGAGACAUCCAUCCGCUACGUGACGCCCCGGGCUCACAGCGACGCGGAGCACGGCCUCGGCCACCCCCACAAAUCAGUGCCUCCCCACCACCCCGUGGUCUGCUGCUCCUCGGCGGGGCCGCAGAUCUGCACCAAGAGGCCCGGCCGCGGCAGGGCCCCGCUCAGCAGCCAGCGCAAGCGGAGGAAGUCGGUGACGCCGGACCCGAAGGAGAAGCAGACCUGUGACAUCCGCCUGCGAGUCCGAGCCGAGUACUGCCAGCACGAGACGGCGCUUCAGGGCAACGUCUUCUCCAACAAGCAGGACCCCCUGGAGCGCCAGUUCGAGCGCUUCAACCAGGCCAACACCAUCCUCAAGUCCCGGGACCUGGGCUCCAUCAUCUGUGACAUAAAGUUCUCAGAGCUCACCUACCUCGACGCGUUCUGGCGCGACUACAUCAACGGCUCGUUGCUGGAGGCCCUCAAGGGCGUCUUCAUCACGGACUCGCUCAAGCAAGCCGUGGGCCACGAAGCCAUCAAACUGCUGGUCAAUGUGGACGAGGAGGACUACGAGGUCGGGCGCCAGAAACUCCUGAGGAACUUGAUGCUGCAGACGGCCCCCUGACGCCCGGCAGCUGGUGGGAUCCGAGCUUUUCUUCUCUAUUUUUUGUUUUUCUAAAAGAAAAGGAAAAGAUCAUUUACUCCCCGGCUGGACUCCCGCCUGGCGGGGUGCGGCCGUGGGGCCCGGCGCGGUGCGAGGAGCUGGGCCGGAGCCGGGAGCCGCGGGGAGCGCCGGAGGCUUACGUGUUCUCACCCCUUUCCUGUCCUGUCACCUCCUCUCUUGCUUCGUUUCCUUUUUCUCUUUUAUUUUGUAUCCAUUAAAAGAAAAAAAAAAAGGCAAAAAUCCUGCCUGGGGCGCGUCAGUGUCGGAGCGGGCGAGUUGCGAGCGCGGGGGCUCGGAACGGGGGGGGGGGGGGCUUCGCCCUGCCCCUGCGCCACCGUCCCCGUGGGCCUGGCAGCGGGCUCUGCGCGGGGCUGGCUGGUGCCAGGCGGGCAGAAUCCGGCCCAUUUCUCCCCAAAACACCGCCCCCCCCGCCUCCCCCGCGGGUUUCUCAGGAGUCAAACCGCCCCUCGCCCAGGCUGCCCCAGGACCAUGUGCCUUCGUGCCCCCUCCCGCUGGGGCCAGGGGGAGGACCCGCGCCGAGGGACGCGCUGGAACCCCUGCCCGUCCCCUCCGCCUCGUCCCUCCCCUCUCCCGCCGGCAACUGGGCCAAACUGGGCCAAACCGGGCCGCGGGGGGGGCCGGCCCCGUCUGUUGCUGGCAGCAGGCAGCGCGGUCUCUGCCCGCACGUGUUGGCGCGCGGGCCGGCAGCGUGCCGGCCUUUGGCCGCGUCCAGGCGUGACCGGCACCGCCGCCUGCUUCCUCUGCCUGCUGCCGGGGGGGGCCCGGGGGAGAUUUUUCCAGCUCCACCCUAAUUUUGUGGUUUUUUCUCCUCAGCCCCGCUCGGCUGUAGGCUGCUCUCCCCCUGCCCCGGCAGCGCGGGGGGCUCGUGCUGCCUGUGGUUCCCCCCCCCACUGCUUACGGCCGAUUCUGGCACACCUUGGUGUAAUUUCUGUGACUUCUGUAUUUUUUAAACCUCGAUAUAACAGUCAUAUGCCCUGUGUAGCUUUCGGUUUUCUUGAAAUAAACAUCUACCGCAG